UUUCUUUCUCUCUUUAUUUUCUUCUUGUUUGGUUGUUAAUGUUUAUUUACACUGGCUUUCUGUUCUUUCAUGAAAUGUAUUGUCAUUUUUUUGUGAAUGUAAGACUUUUCUAUUUUCAUUAAAAUAAAAUAAAAUAAAAUCUCGCUUCAUCCAAUAUCUCUGCUGCAGUUCCGUCUGCUGACCGGUGGAGGCGGGAAAGAGCCCGACACCAACAGUAGAAGAAGACGAAGAAGACGAAGAAGAAGAUGCAAACACACUCCCACAGUGUCUGUACAGACUUUAGCAUUAAACUGUCGACUUUCCGUUAGAAAUUAAAUUCUGCAUCGAUUAACCGACGAACUGUGGAGUUAUGAGACUGACGGAAACGUAUCCGACGAGUUAACCGACGAGUUUGACUCUUAAACGUGUUGACUGGUCGGUUAACUCCACAGUUAGCCUAGCCUGCUAGCUCCCCGUGCUAACAUUAGCAGUUAGCUUUAGCUUCGACAUGGGACGAGGAAGGGGACCGACCCGGAGCCGACCGCCCAUGGGACCGCCGGGCGAUGACGGUCCUCCGUUCGACAUGGGCCCGAUGGGUCCACCGGGGUGGGGCCCUCCACCGCCGGGAGGCUGGGGCCCUCCGCCGCCUGGUGGAUGGCCUCUGCCGCCGGAGGAAUGGGGACCACCGCCGCCCGGAGGUUGGGGCCCUCCUCCGCCUGGAGGAUGGGGGCCACCGCCGCCUGAAGGAUGGGACCCGAGAGACUUUCCACCGCGGGGCUGGGGACCGAGAGGACCAUCGCCGCCGCCGGGCUGGGGCCGGCACCCCGACGACUGGCUGCCUCCUCACCCCGACGACUGGAGACCUCCUCACCCCGACGACUGGAGACCUCCGUACCCCGACGACUGGAGACCCCCUCACCCUGAUGACUGGAGACCUCCACGGCCUGACUGGAGACCUCCUGAGGACUGGGGACCCGACAGGCCGUUCCCACCUCCGGGCUGGGGACCCCCUGGUUGGGGUCCGGAUCGUCCCCCUGGUUGGGGACCGGAUCGUCCCCCUGAGCUGUGGGGACCCGAGCCCGGUCCCCCCGGACCCGUGCCACCGGUGCCCCCGCCUCCUCCUGUCGGGAUCCCCCCUCCGGACCCUGCAGUCUACGGCCCGAUGCCCCUCCCGCCGCCGCCGCCCUGCGUGCCUCCGGUCGGCUUCCCGGCGUACCCGCCUCCGGGCUGGACGGGAGAGACCAUCGUGGAGCAGCCGAUGCCCAACCCGCCGCCCGACCAGCCGGAGUGGAUUAAAGCUCUGAUCUCAGCGCCGGUCACCGAGACGGCUGCGGGGGAAGCUAAGAAACCCAGCGAGGAGCUGAGCGUCACCAAGGCAGCUGCUGCUGAACCCACUGCCGUCCAGAAGCCCAAAUCCAAACCCAAAUCUAAACCUAAACCCAAACCUGAUACCUCCAGGACCGCCAGAGCGCUCGGCCUGCUGGGAAAACGCACCUUCGAUAAGCCUCCUCCAGGACGGUCCACUGGCAUCAUCUCUUUUAUCGGGCCGUCGUUCGGCUACAUUGAGAGAGAAGAUCUGAAGAAGUUCACCUUCAGCUUUGACGCCUUCUUUGGAAACCCUAAAGCCAUGCAGCCUGGCGUAAGAGUCCACUUCACCGCCUGCAAGGAGAAGCAGAACAGUCUGAUAGCGACAGAUGUGAAAGUGGCUCCAGGCGGAACAGAGAACGUGGACACGGAGAUCUACGAGGCAGUGGUCAGUCAGCCCAUCACGGAGCCUCAGCCCGGCGAGCGUCAGUACCAGGGGCAGGUCCACGUGGACAUCGGGCCACUUAGGACAAACCUGACGUUUGACAGGAAGGACAGCACGGUGACGCUGCUGAAGAACGACCAGGUGCUCAUCAACCUGCUGACCGACAUCGUCACCGAGAAGAGAAGAGCGACCAACAUCAAACCCAAAAUCCCCUCCACCUUCAGCUACACCCACGAGGAGAGGGAGGAGGGUGUCAUCAUCAGCCUGACAGACAAUGAAGGCGUCAUCAAGUCUGAGAAACACGGCGAGCUUCCCUUCGACAUCAAAGAGAAUUUCAGUGAUGUUGAGUUCACUGCCGAGGACAUCAACGAGGAGGUGGAGUUCACCAUCAUCAUGCUGAGGGCGGGGAAGAGGGCCAUCAGGAUCCGACGGGUGAAGGAACCCCUCCUCCUGACGCUUUCUGCCGCCACCGCUGCUGCUGCUGUCUCUGAGGAGGCCGCCGGCCAAAACACAGACGACGACAACGACAAUGAUGACGAUGACGACGAAAACAGCGAGAAAGACACUUCUCCUAAAGUGACACCCAUGGUGAAGCCGGAGCUGGGGCCCAACAUGAGGCUGGACCCGGAGCUGUACGAGGGCAUCGUCAGCCAGCCAAUCAUAGAGCCCACGCCCACCAUGCAGGGCUACCCGGGUCAGAUCCACGCCAACAUCGGCCCCGUCAGGACCAACGUGACCUUUGACCACAGGGACUGCGGCGUCACGCUGCUUAAGAACGACCACGUGUUGAUCAACCUGCUGGUAGACAUGGUGACGAGGAAGAGGAGAGCGGCCAACAUCAAACCCAAAAUCCCCUUCACCUUCAGCUACACCAAAGAGAAGAGAGAGCUGGGCAUCAUCACCUUUCUGGGUCCUGAAGAAGGAAUCAUCAACUCCGAGGACCACGGCGAGCUUCCUUUCGACAUCCAUGAGAACUUCAGCGAAACCAAGUUUAACAGCAGCGACAUCCACAAGGAGGUGGAGUUCACCGUGGCCCUGGUGAAAUCAGAGAAGAGAGCGAUCAGGCUGAUGAGGACAAAGAGGGUCGAGGACCAAAUCCUGGAGGAGCAGAAGAGACGGGAGGAAGAGGAGAAGAGAAAGAGAAGGGAGGACGAGGAGAAGAGGAAACGAGAGGGGGAGGAGAGGAAGAGGAGGGAGGACGAGGAGGCGGAGCAACAGAGAGAGGCCGAGAGGAAGAAGAGGGAGGAGGUGGCGGCGGCGCUGGCAGCGGCCCAGUGCAAAUGGACCCCACUUGGCUUCAAGGUGAGGAACCCUGACACGAUGGACGAGAUCAGCAAGGAGCGAUUCGAAGGCACCGUCCUCAAAGCCGUCUCCAAAUAUCCACGUAAGGAGAUCAAGAAGGAGCCAGAGGCGAACAAGGAGGAGCCAGGAGGAGGAGGAGGAGGAGGAGGAGGAGGAGGAGGAGGACAAAUGCUCCCUGGACAGGUUAAAAUCAAAGCUGAGAAAAUGGAUGACGACCAGAAGGAAGAGGAGAAGGACAUACCUGAAGGAGACGGAGGACAGGAAGGAAAGAAGGAGCCUGAGGAUGAGGAGGUGAAGAAGAACCAGUCGGCUGAAACAGCAGCUGGGAGAAAACCCGACCCAGAGAUGGGUCGACUAGUGAUGACCAUCGACGGUCAACAGAAGCAGCUUCCCUUCGGUCCCAACGACCUGCUGACCACCGCCACCAUGCUGGACGGAGACAAGGUGCGUUUCAACAUCGCCACGCAUCAAGGGACCAAAGAGGAACGAGCGACUUUCGUGGAAAUUCUCCCCGACUCCUUCGAAGAGUCCAUUGAACAACGCCGACACGGCAUCGUCAUCGAGUUCGGCGUGGACUCCGGGCUCAUCAAGUGCACCCAGAACCCUCAGCUGUACUUCCACAUGUCCGAGGUGAUCGAGAAGAAGAGACUGGAGCUGAACGAGAAGGUCGAGUUCAGUGUCGUCCCGCAUGAGACGGCAGAGGGCGGGAACCAGGCCAUCAGGAUAAAACGUUUCACAGAGAGCGUUUUCUUCCCUGUUCGGAAGUUGGGAGGAGUCGGUGCAACCAAAGGGAAGAUGACCAUCAAGCUGGCAAAAGCUUCAGAAGACACUGAGAAAUUAAAACCCGAGACAGACAAGCUGAAGGCGGUGGUGAAAAAUCUUAGAGCGCAGGACAGUAAGACCAGCGUCAGCAGAAGGGACUACUGUGCCAGUCGCCGUAGAUAUGGCAGGAGCAGAAGUAGGAGCAGGAGCAGAAGUAGGAGCAAAAGUAGGAGUAGGGCCAGAAGUAGGAGUAAAAGUAGGAGCAGGAGUCCGCCAAGAGAUCAGUUUGGACGUGUACCCAAAAAGAGACGCAGUCCCAGCAUUGACCAUGACCGUAAAAGCAGCAGGUUCAGGCGAAGCCAAAGCCAAGAGAGGCUGAGGAAGCCCACCAAAAGCCGGACUAAGAGCCGCAGCAGGAGUCGCAGCCGCAGCAAGAGCUCCAGCAGGAGUCGCAGCAAGAGCCGCAGCAGGAGCAGGGAGAGGAGCAGGGAGAGGACCAAGGACAGGACCAAGGACAUCAAGAGGAGGAGCAAAAUCAGCAGAGACCGCGAAGAAAGUCACAAGAGGAGGAGGGAGUUAAGCCCUCCUCUCAGACGUGGUGGAGUUGUCGACGACGAGCUUGCAAGGAAGAAGCGGGAGCUGGAGGAGCUGAACGACAUGAUUGCCUACAAGAAGUCACUGGUGGACCCUGGACAGAGAACAUGCAUAGACUAUGACCACGGCAGGAUCACUGUCCCACUCACUGAGUACAAACCAGUCCGGUCCAUCCUGAAGAAACGACCAGAUGUACCUGAUUACCACCAUCGCCCUCAGCCCUAUGACGAUGCAUAUUAUGACCGGCCAUACAGUCCUUACCAAGAUCGACGCUACAGUGACCAUUACAGUGAUCCGUAUGCCAGUCGUUCCUACCCUGAUCGCCCGUAUGGGGAGCGUCCCUACAGUGACCGCCCUUAUGAAAGUCGUCUCUAUGGUGAACCUUCCUAUAGUGGCCCUCCGUCUGCCAGCCAACGUUACACUGAUCGCUACGAUGUUUAUGAUGAACCCUAUGACGAUCGCUACUAUGAUCCAGCUUAUGCGGACCGACCUUAUGAUGAUCCGUAUCGCUCUGUCAGACGGAGCCAAUCUCCAGAACCCCAUGGUCCCUCACCUUCGUCCCAGCCCGGCCAAGUUCCUGCUGCUUCCAUCCAACCUUCGUUGAUGCAUACUGCUGCCACUUCAUCUCCCCAGCCCCAUUUCAGACCUCCCUCUCCCACAGAACCUCCUCCUAGAAGUCCAUCUCCCAAACUGAAGACCACAAUACCACACCAGGCACCUCCAACUGUGAAACCACCCCUCGAUCGCUUCCUUGACAUGCUUAAUAAAAAGGUGGAUGCUGAGAAGGAAGCAGAACCUGUUCUUGUGAAUGAUGACCUUCUGCCUCAUGAGCGGGCACUUCAGGAUGGUAGGGGUUUCUCUCGGAUUGUGGGACUGGCUCAAGAGCAGCCCAGCAGCAGUCUUGCUCUGGAAGCGAUAAAGACAGAGCUAAGCCCUAAAAGAUCCUCAGUAGAAAGAUCAGUAGAGGAACCAAAGGUCAAGACAGAACCCUAUGACAAGAUUCAAAGUCUGCUCCGUACAAUUGGCCUGAAGCUGAGUACAGGAGAUAUGUCCAAACUGGCCAGCAGAGCCCAAGAGAAAAUCUACAGCCCAAAGUCCUCAUCCAUAGAAAGGGAGAUGUUGUCAUCCCCAAGGGAGGAACGGCGGACAAGUAGAACUGGUUCUGUUGAAUCAGAUCACAUCCAUUCCCCCUCCCCUGCCAGGUCCUCCAGUUUAGAGCCACUCAGCAGAUCUAAAGCUGUCUCAGAGUAUGAAGGAUUUCUGGACCAGCAGGAGUUGGAGGCACUCAAGAAGGCACAACAGCUGCAGAGUCUCACCAAGACAAUGGGGAGCACACCCUCCACCACUCCUCCUCCGAAACCUCCUCCUGGGCCUCCGCCUACCCACUACCAACAUCCAUCCCCACCAGUGAACUGGCCCCUUGGAGGCACUACCCAGAUUCCUCCAGAACAGGGCUCCAGCAUGUGUGCACCAGCUCCUCCUGCAGCUGGUCAGCCACCACGAGUUGGACUUCCUGCAGGACCUCCCCCUGGACCUCCUCCACGGCGUCCUGGACAGCCUCCAGGACCUCCUCCUGGGCCUCCACCCCGGCGCCCUCCCGGACAACCUCCUUUUGCUCCACCCUCCAGCCAUACAGCCUUUUCUUUCGCUGGCCAGCCUCCUGCAGCUCCACCCCUUAACUCUUCCAGUCCUUUGCAGCCUUUAACCACUGCUGCCGGAGUAUCACCACCAUCAUCGACACCUGCAUCAUCAAGUCCCUCAAAUGAUAAUGAAUCAACCAUCUCUACGACAGUGGCCAGGUGCCUGAAGGUCAUAGAGACAGUGAAAUCUCUGGCUGUACAGCCACCAGCCAAACCGGUCAAAUCAGUUCAGUUCAGUUUACCCACUGUCUCUCCACCAGCCUCCAGUCAUCAGACCUCAGUGGAGACAGAGGAGGACAUAAAGAUCAAGCAGAAGGAAAAGCUGGAUUUGUACAACCAGAGGGUUUUGGAAAAGAGGGAGCAGCAAUACAAAGAUUGGCUAGCUCGCAGGAAACAGAGUGGAGAGUGGAAGGAUGUCCCACCAAACCCCCCAGGCACGCCCGUCACCAGCGAGCCCAAGAACGUUUGGAUCUGUGGUCAUUCGCUGGUGUACUGGGCCGAGUCACGGGCCAAGUCUCCGGAGGUAGGUAUGCAGCUGGGCAUGGACCCCAGCAAGGUGGCCAUCUGGUGGAAGGGCACCCAGGGCAUGACGUGGUCCCAGCUGCUGCCCCAGCUCCACCAGCUGAAGGUCACCUGGCCCAACCCAGACGUCCUCAUCAUCCACCUGGGUGGCAACGACCUGAGCACCGACAGCCCUACCGACCUGCUGGCCUCCGUCAAGAAGGACCUGACGUCCAUGAGAAGCAUCUUCCCGCAGUGCGUCCUUGUGUGGUCCAACAUCCUCCCUCGGAGGGUGUGGCGCCACUCGCCUGACAAUCACGAAGUCGAUCUGGUCCGGACCACAGUGAAUCGCAGGAUUCAGAACAUCAUCUCAGAACUGGGCGGCACCUCGCUGACCCAUGACAACAUUAGGUGCGGCGCAAACACGGGCUUGUAUCGGGCUGAUGGCGUCCAUCUGUCCCCCAAAGGCAUCGAUGUUUUCAACCUGAACCUGCAGGACUUUCUGGAGAAGUGGGAGGCGGAGUGGAACUAGAGAAAAGCAAAGAGGCGUAAGAGUUAUUUUCUGUUUUUAUGUCGUCUCUUUUAUUUCUGAUGCUAGCUAGGCAGUUGCAUUGAUUCAAACAACUACAACUUCAUUCAAGUUCAUUAAUCUCCAUGUUUAAAGGAUCCAGUUCUGUUUGUAGUUUUAUCAGAACAUGUAGGAACUUCAGUCGCAGCUGUUACACAUGAAAAACAUGUUCGUCUCUCAUGAAACAAUAAAGUCGAUAAACACUGUCGGAUCUCACUCUGUUCAUCUUCUUAAUGAACGCAGUGUCCGUUAAUGUUACACAACAUCUUUAGCAACACAGUUCAGACUGAAGGUAAAUGUGAUUUACAACAUUUUAUCAUUCAUCAUGUCAUUUUGGUUUUUGGUGGAAAAUAAAAAAUGAUUUAUUAAAGUUUUUUUUUAUGUUUUUAGUAAGUGCUGAAUGAUGCGACUUAGAAUUUCUGUGAAAUCCAAAUUUUGCUAAAAUUGAGGCGUCAUAUCAGCCUUGUUGUUAAAUACAUUAUCAGAAUACAGUUAAACUAAUGAAGUAAAUACUAAAAUAAAGCUCGUCAUGUGCCAUACAU